AACAUUUUACGAAAACGAUGAACUGUCAUUUGAAGCACAAGAAACGUAGUAUGGACAUACAGAGACAAAGAAUGGCCGAAAAAGUUAUAGAACAUACACAUACUAAAAACGAAACAUUAUCCUAUCACAGCCGCUCUUUACCAAUUUUGAAUAACGGUAUCACAUCAUGUCCAAAUUAAAUGAAGCAGCAUUAUAAAUGUUUUAGUUGUGAAAAAAUAAUCAACAAAGAAAAAAUGGAAACUGAUUCGAAUAACAACGUUGAAAUCGCAAAAAGCGACAAGACCACCACCGGUGAUGUUAAACAUACAUUGGAUUCACUGAAUCUGGACUGUUUUCUGAUGAUACUCGACCAUUGUGACGCAUGGACCCUGAUGAAUUUGUGUGAUGUCAACCAAAAAUUUCGAAACAAAGUUUGCGCUUACAAGAGUAUUUUUGCCAGCAAACUAUUCGACAUUGACGAGUACACUGAAGUUGAGCCAAUUUUCGAGGAAUUUGGCCAAUUCAUUGGCAAAUUAGACGUAUCUGAAUACAGUAUUUGUUACGCAAAAUUUUCAAUGAAAUUUAAUUCGCUGUUGAAAACGAUCAAAGAUUACUCUGUUCCUGGAAAUUUGACGGAAUUUAUAAUAAGCUUUGACAUUGUAAAAAUAAAUAAGCGGCUGUUGAAUAGUGCGUUGCCAUAUUUUGCAAAUUUGAAGCAUUUUUCAUACAAUGGCCAAUUCAAUUACAGUCAUGCCCAAGAGCAUGUAUUAAAUGAAAUAAUUGGAAAUGCACAUCAACUGACGUCAUUAGAUGUUCGCUAUCUACGUACAGCUGGCAAUUGGUUUGGUUUCAAACAUUUAAAAAAUUUGGAACGAUUAAAUUUUCUAUUCGUCGAGCUGAUAAAAUUUGAGCCGCUCCGACAGUUUAUUCAAAAUCGACCACCAUUACGAUCGCUGGCAUUGAGCAUAGACACCGUUCAUCAUCAACAUCUUUGCAAAUUGAUUACAAAAUAUAUUCCGAAUGUGGAAGAAUUUGAAAUCCGAAAUUCAUACGCACAAUUGCCAAGUGGUGAUGAUUUUGAUUUCAGUCCGUACCCGAAAGAUUACAAGAGAAAUCAGGUGUCGAAUGAUGAUGACAAUCAAGAUGAGGACAUGAAUGAUUCGGGAGAGGAAGAAGAAGAUGAGGUCGAUAAUGAUGACAUGGAAAUCGGUGAUACGACAUUUGAAGACACCGAUUAUGAGGAGGAGUCCGAUGAUGAGUUAGAGUCGAAUGCUGAAACAGAUCCUGAAACUGAUUCCGACAUCGAUGGUAUGCGAGACCUCGAUUUCCAUCCAACUCCAUACCAGGAACUUACAAACUGGACUCGAGUUUAUUUUGGAUUGAAUAGAUUGAAGCGUUUGAAACGAACCUGGCUCAAAUCUAGAUUUUCCAACUGGCUCGAUUUAAGCGAAAUAUUAAAAGACAUGACCAUCAAGAACACUGUCGAACAUUUAACCAUUCAAGUUGGACCAAUUGACGAUUAUCCAUUAAAUUUUGCUCUUUGUGACCCACUACCAAAAAGUUUUACCGCUCUAAAAACACUGCGUAUCAUAUCACCGAAAACACAAUUGCCCAUUCGUCACUUCGUUCAAGCGCUGCCAAAUUUGUCGAAAUUCAUUCUGGACAUGGAGGGAAUCGAAAAAAUUGUACAAGAAACAAUAUUGAAUGUGAUCGUAUCAGCCGAUAAUUUGGAAAUUUUAGUUUUAAAAAUGCCAGCCAUGAACUUCGACCAUCACCUUUAUAUGAAAUUGUUGGGAAUUCAGUUUUACAAAUCGGAACGAUUGGGUCACAUGAAACCAUUAAAUAUUUAUAUUAAUUCUAUGCCGCAAAAAUUGUUAACCAUAAACAAACUCAAAGAAAAUUACGAUGAAAAGAUGAUUGCCAUAAAAUACAAGUCAUUCAUGGACUGGGAAACGAAUCCAAUCUGAUCUUUCGUCAUGUAUUUAAAAUCGUAAAAGAAAAAAUUGUUUGUAAAAUGCCAUUUUGUUGAUCAAGUUUAAGUUUGUCAUUUUAUAAGGGAAUAUUAAAUAAAAAAAAGUCUAAGUU